AUGGAUAGUAACCAAGCUUCAUCGGAUGCUAAGGCUUCUUUGGAUGAGUUAGAGAAUAAAGGCUUACUGGCAACGGCCGGUGUUGUUGUUCCAGAGAUGGCAGCUGCGGCUGUUGCAGCAGCCGCAGCUGCAGGCGUGGGUGGUGGAAAUACUAUGGAAAAUCAUGGGGGUGGGCAGCAGGGGGCCGCCUCGAUGCAGGCGAUGGCUCGCAGCCAGUACCAGCAGGCGCUGCAAGACAGCGGUGCUGGCGGCGCUACGCCUGGGAACAUGACGCCCACGACGGCCGGUCACGGCGGAAUGGGGAGCGGGAGCAGCGGGUCGUCGCAGCCUCCCAUGAUACAACUUCCCUCGAUGAGCAUGCCCUCGCUCAUGUAUCAGCUUUCACAUCAUCAUCCCUCGACGUUGCACCAUGCGGGGAUCCCUCAGAUGUCGGUGUUGAAGCAGAACGGGCAGCAGAACGGGCAGCAGCAGGGGCAGCAGCAGAGCCAGCAGGACGACAUGAACGGCGGAACUUCGGGUUUAACCAACGGCGGCGUUGGCCUGCCUAUGCUCUCUGCCACUUCUUCUUCCCAGGGUAUUCAGGCGAUUCAGUUGAACGAGGGUGAGCACAUUAACUCGCAUGGCCAGUUGAUAGGCCGGUCUGGAAAGCCCCUGCGCAACACCAAGCGUGCUGCACAGAACAGGAAUGCCCAGAAGGCAUUCAGGCAGAGGAGGGAGAAAUACAUCAAGGACUUGGAAACCAAGGCAAAACACUACGACGAACUGACGCAAGAGCUUCUCGAGUUGAAGAGAGAGAACGACGAAUUGAAACUGAGGUUGACGGAAUUGGAAAAACUGGCAUAA